UCGUCACUUUAGUGCCGUUUUGGCGAUAAACAGUUUUCUGACAUUUCUCACAAUGCUCACUUCUUCUUACUACAUCAUCGAGUUUUAUAAACGUGGUAACGUGGUUGUGUUUUGCUGGGGCGGCUGCGACGUUAUUGAAGCCUUUUUGCGUUUUUGGCUCAUUUGCCAUACGAGUGAUCAGAUUCGAGAAAUUACGACUGAAUGUAUAACUGUUCUUCGCAGCUUACGGGACACUAGAAACGAAGGGAAUUCGAGCGAAUGUAAUAAGAUCACUUCCUACAUAAUCGAAAUAUCACAGAUUAGCAAAAAUCUAGAAAGGCAUAGUCUUAAAGGAGUUUUGUCUUUGUCCAAAAGACUUAUCAUUCCAACUUUGGAGAUUAUUUUCUCGUAUCUUCUUAUCAUCUACGAGUUUCAAAGUGCUGGCAAGGGAACAUCCUGA